AUGCUGUGGAUUCCCCUGCGACCUUCCCAGGAAGGAACACUUGUGGGGCACUUGGGUUUUCUAAGAGAUCAAAGUAGUCACUGGAUGGUCCUAAAUGGGCAACAUCAUAUUCUUGCGGAAUGCCAGGAACUGGCUUUCACAAAAACUGGAACUUACCAAGACGUCAGGUCUUUAAUAAUAGUCUCAACUUUUGUGAUUGUGGAGAAGGCGGAGAGAAGUGAUAUACCCAACAUUGAUAAGAAAAAGUAUCUUGUUCCAGCUGACUUGACAGUUGGACAAUUUGUAUAUGUGAUUCGGAAAAGGAUCAAACUGAGUGCGGAGAAGGCAAUUUUCAUAUUUGUGGACAAUGCCUUGCCACCCACAGGGGCAAUUAUGUCUGCCAUAUAUGAGGAGCAGAAGGAUGAAGAUGGUUUCCUCUAUGUUACCUAUAGUGGAGAGAACACAUUUGGAGACCAGAUCUUAAAGUAG